AUGUAUUUCACGGAUUGCAGUACCUUCUUCACGCCAUCUCUAUCCAAAGAAUACAAAAUUACCCAUUUUUCGGUGAAUAAGAAAAACAAAAACUGUACAGUGAUUCACUAUAAUAAUAAUAAGGAACAAAACCUCCGAUUUGUUUCCCCAUGUUCUCAUUCAUUAUUUGAUCAAUCAAACAACAUUAUGCUUGCUACCGUAGCUAAGACCUUUACGAGACCUGCAAUUCGCGCUUUCUCUGUUUCCGCAAAUAUCGCUCACACUCCCCUGUUCGAUCUCCAUAACGAGCUCAAGGGCAAGAUUGUGGAGUUCGCUGGAUAUGCUCUGCCUGUGCAGUAUUCCGGAGUGCUUCCCGAGCAUAUGGCCGUGAGAGGAAAGAACACCUGCGGUCUGUUCGAUGUUUCCCACAUGGGUCAGAUCAAGUGGACUGGAAAGGACCGUGUUGAGUUCCUGGAGCGCGUUCUUGUGAGCGACAUCCACUCUCUGCAGCCCACUCAGGGCCGUUUGACUCUGCUGUGCCAGGAGGACGGUGGUAUCAUCGAUGACACUGUGAUCACCAACGCCGGCGACUACCACUACGAGGUGGUGAACGGCGCCUGCAAAUACGGCGACAUGGAGCACUUCAAGAAGGAGAUGGCCAAGUUCCAGGCCGAGGGCAAGGAGGUGCAGAUGGAGUACCUCGGCGACAUCGGUCUGAUCGCUCUGCAGGGCGCCAUGGCUCCCGCGGUUCUGCGCCGCUUCACGGAAUUCGACGUGACGAAGAUGCCGUUCAUGACGGGUCAGGACAUCAAGGUGGGCGGCGUGAACUGCCGCGUGACGCGCUGCGGCUACACGGGCGAAGACGGCUACGAAGUGCAGAUCCCCGCGGCAGACUCGAUCCCGCUGGUGAAGGAAAUCCUGAAGGAGAAGGAAGUGCUGCCGUGCGGUCUGGGAGCGCGCGAUUCGCUGCGUCUGGAGGCGGGUCUGUGUCUGUACGGCACGGAUCUGAGCACGGCGGUGUCGCCGGUGGAGGGCACGCUGAUGUGGACGAUCAGCAAGCAGCGCCGCGCGGAUGGCGGGUUCAUCGGACACAAGGCGAUUAUGGAGAGAAUGAAGACGUGCGAGAAGAAGCGAGUGGGAUUCAUGGUGCAGGGCGCGCCCGCGAGACACGGAGCCAAGAUCUACUCGAACGGCGAGCUGGUGGGAGAGAUCACGUCGGGCACGCUGUCGCCGUCGCUGAAGAAGCCGGUGGCGAUGGGAUACAUUAAGAAGGGACUGCACACGGCUGGAACCCAGGUGGAGGUGGAGGUGCGCAACAAGAAGUACCCCGCUGUGGUCACCAAGAUGCCGUUCGUGCCCAACAAUUAUUAUAGAGGAUAAGAAAGAAAUGUGUGA